GAAAAAAAAUCUUAUGCAAUUACUCCACCUAUUCUUUCACCACUUACAUCAUCAUCUUCUUCGCCCAAGCUCCAUUCCUUGCCGAAUUCUUCGUCAACAUUGAAAAGCUUAGGAGAAUUACAUUUAUCGGCUGAAAUUGAUUUUAUUCUACGAUAUCAUAACGAUCAGCCCUUUAAAAAUCAAUUAAACAAUGAACACAAUGAGCUUAAAGACGACUCACAUUCUUUUGAAGAAGAGAAGUGGAAAGUGAACUCUCGUUAUGAAAAUGGAGUCAGUUCACAACGAGAAGAUAUAAAAAAACAUAUAGACGUUCUUUUAGAAUAUUAUGAAUCGAAACAAAACAAGCAAUUGUUAGUCGAACAAUCGUCAACCCAUCGAUCGUUAACCCAGGAUUCGUUAUCACCGGAACCGUUAAACGGUAAGCGAUAUACCUGGACCGUUCAAAAAGCGUCUCAUGACAAUAUAUUAGUAGCUGGAAUAACAGCUAGACAGACUGCGACGGAUGCAGAUAUAGGAAAAAUAUCUGUCGAAGAACUUGCAAAAUAUGUUAAGAAGCUAAGAGAUGAGGAAAAUGAAGAAAUAUCACGGCCACGUGUGUCUAGGGCUGUUAGAAAAGUUAUUGAACAAAAAAAAAUAUAUGAGGAAGAUGAUGAUGGAAAUUAA